AUGGACGAUCAACCAAGAGUCACCGCCGACCCUUCUAUAAAUGCAAAGGCUGCACGAUCGCAUCUCCGCAGCAAUAGCACAUUACUAGCCCGGGAUAUUACCGUCAGUGGUAGAAGGGGCCCUUCCCGGCGUCGGCGAUCAACGAUACCUUCUACACCACUCACGCUCGAGAGGAUUCCUGCUUCCAAUUACCCGAUACGCCGACGCUCCAGCACAAAGUCGACGAAGUUACGGGCCGAGGCACAGGAUACCGACAUGUUUUCCCCCGAAGCUACUUCAUCGGAGUCAGUUACUCCCCGGCUGACGCAAAAGACCGGUCGACCAAGUAAGGCGAAGAAGGGAUUGAAGGUGCAUGGCUGCAGCUAUUCAGGCUGCAACAAGGUCUUCUCUCGCGCGGAGCACCUAAGGCGUCACCAAAAGAACCACGAAGAAAGCCCCGCAAUAUGCAAAUAUUCAGGCUGCGGAAAAACAUUUUUCAGAGAAGAUCUUCUUCGUCGUCAUGAACAUCGACACUUCCUCCAACAGCAGUCUCAGUCCGGCGAUGGUCUCGAGCCUGCAAUGACUGCCUCGCCUGGCCCACCCAACUCGUCCGUGAUUACAGUACCAUAUGUUGCAGAUGCAAUUGAACCAGGGCACGGCGGACAAAUUCUGCCUCUAACUACCGAAAAUACAGCGGUCGAAGCGACAAUGGCACCGGCCAGCUAUUCUCUGCAGCCGGCUGAGCCGCUGUCGGAAUCAUUCCCAACGCCUGCUUUCCCCGGCUCGACGGUAACAUACGAAGCUGGCAACCCGUCUUGGUAUGGAAUGCCAUGGCUGCAGGGGAUGUCUGGCAAUUGCCCAAACGGUAACCCUUAUGCUGCUCUGCAUGGAACUAUGAGCCUCGGCACCGAUUUAAACCAACAGUAUCUUGGUUACUCCGUUACUCGCCGCUCCUCUGCUGGUUCCGCCAGCAGUCUGCUCUAUCAACCGUCUUCAGUGAACUCGCCCUCAUCAGUUGCGUCGACCCUUAAAACUUGCAAUGAAACAGAACCUACAACGCCAUUACAACAUGGGACUCUCGGCCCCAUUGUGGGGGAUUAUAAUGGACCUGUGGGUAUCCUGCACUCUGGAGUAGCGUCUCCCGAUUUUCGUGCUCAACGAUUUUCAGACUCCCCCCGAGGGCUGCCAAUUUCUCGCCGCUCCAAUGAUGACGGACGCGUUCUACGAGGAAAACCUCCUAGACCAGCAGAAUCUGUUAUGGACUCGCCUCGCCUCGCCAUUCAGCCUGCCGGUCUAGACGUAUUCAUUCAGGCAUAUUGGGAUGUCGUACAUAUAAUGCUUCCAAUCGUCCAUCGUGUCACAUUUUCGCCACUGAAAGCUCCGCCGCAACUUGUUCAAUUGCUGCAAGCAGUUGGUAGCCAGUUUCUCGAGACCUCGACGGGUACAAUAGGCAUUCAGCGUAUUGGUCAGAUAUUGGAAACCGUUCAGCAAAAGUUAUUUUCUGACCGUCGAAGACUUUUCGUCGACCCUCUGGCGGCAAUACGGUCUCUCCCUUUUCCAGCCAAUUCGCAGGCACUUCAACAAGCAUGGCAUAUUUGGAUUCACAAUGAGACAUGGCGCAGAAUAUACCUCGCAGCAUUUAUCCUUUCGAAUGAGCAUCGCAUCUUCUUUCAAGCAGACUCCACUUUGUCACCCUCUCUUAUGCAAGGCGCCCCAUACAUUCCAUUACCGUGCUCUCAUAGACUGUGGGAAUGUAAAUCAGCCUCUGAAUGGGAACAAGUUGCCCGAAACGAGCUCUCGCUGCAACUUGGCCCGGCUGCAGCGCUUGCGACUCGCCAGCAAAUGCUCAUUGAUGAUUUCCAAGCUCACUCAUUAAUAUCUUAUUUCGCCUCAUCUGUGCUAUCAAGAACACCAGCAUCGCAGCCUGCGCUGUCAGAUCUAAUACAUCUCGGAAACACACUUUAUUCCCCGCUUUCUACCAGGAAUUCCAACACCAUACUUUUGUACGAAGCCACGCUCAUGGCUCUUCACAUUCCCCUCGCCGACCUUCUUGCCAUCAACGGUGAAAGCUGGACAUUUGGAGGCAAACUUGAAAGCCGAGCCGCCUUUGAGAGCACGAAACUUCGACUUCGCAAUUGGGCUACCUCUGCUGUCGCAGCCACCGCUUUGUUUCAUGCUGUACGCGUCCUUCGGAUCAUAUAUACCUCGCAGCAAACUUCUCCUGGUUCUGUCAGCGAUGGAAGGCCUCCUCGAGCCAAUGGCCUUCGGAAAGAGUGGACAAUUUACCUCGCAGCACUAGUUUGCUGGGCAUGCAGUCACGUCUCUCGCCCACCGGGCCCAACGGUGGUGACAGUCACGAGUGUGCAUUCAGACUCGAAUCUGCUCCCCGCAGCGACUACGUCUCAUGCCAUUGCCCAUGCCAGCCCUUCCGCUGUCUCAUCCGGCAUUCUCCACUUUAGACGCGACUCAGAGGAUGGCGCCCUUCAAACGUAUCUCCACGAAACAAGCACCAUUGCCAAUCCGUCUGAGCUGUACCCUCCAAACCAGCAGCAACUUGGCGACAUAUUUCGAUUUGCACUAGUACAACUUACUGCUCCCGGACUGGGUGAUGCUGGUCUUUACAAACAAGCAAGUGCCGUGCUUCAGAAGCUGUACGAAGGAAGCUUCGCAACAGCCUAUUGUUAA